GCCCCUCAGCUCCUGUACACCCAUUGCUUUUGCUGAAGAUAGCCAAAGUCCUGCACUCGUCAUGCCUACCACACUGAAGGAGUUUGAGAGCGUCUGGCCGCGCAUCGUGGCCGACCUCCAGGACCACUGCAAGCAAUACAAGCUGCCCCAGCAGUCCCUUGAUUGGUUCACAAAGUCGCUCGACUACAACACUGUUGGCGGAAAAUGUAACCGUGGUAUGUCUGUCAUUGACACGACUUCCAUUCUUCAGGAGACGACCCUGGACCCGGCGUCUGAGGAGUACUUCCGCCCAGCGCUGCUUGGCUGGAUGAUUGAGCUCCUUCAAGCCUUCUUCUUGGUAUCAGAUGACAUUAUGGACUCAUCUAAGACGCGCCGUGGGAACCCAUGCUGGUACCUCGCCCCCACGGUUGGCAUGAUUGCUAUCAAUGACGCCUUUAUGCUCGAGUCCUCCAUCUACCUCCUCCUGAAGAAGCACUUCCGCCAAGAAAAGAGCUACAUCGACAUGGUCGAGCUGUUCCACGAAGUCACUUUCCAGACCGAGUGCGGCCAGCUGUGUGAUCUGAUCACCGCGCCUGAAGACGACGUAAACCUCGACAACUUCAGCCUGGACAAGUUCACCUUCAUCGUCAUCUACAAGACCGCAUACUACUCCUUCUACCUCCCUGUUGCUCUUGCCCUGCACUACAUCGGCGCAGCCACCCCCAAGAACCUCCAAACCGCACAUGACAUCCUGAUACCAAUGGGCGAGUACUUCCAGGCCCAGGACGACUACCUCGAUGCUUUCGCCGACCCCAAGGUCCUCGGCAAGAUCGGCACAGACAUCCAGGACAACAAGUGCUCGUGGCUGAUCAACCAGGCGCUGCAGAAGGUAACCCCCGAGCAGCGCAAGGUGCUCGAAGACAACUACGGCCAGAAGAACUCGGAGAACGAGGCCAAGGUCAAGGCGUUGUACCACGAGCUGAAGCUGGCACCCUUCUACGAGCAGUGGGAGGAGGAGCGCGUUACUGAUCUGCGAUCGAAGAUCGACAAGGUGGACGAGUCCGAGGGCCUGAAGAAGGAGGUGUUUGAGGCUUUCUUGCAGAAAAUCUACAAGCGAAGCAAGUAGACGCUUCGACGAGCUACGAUUUAAUGAUAGAAGAAGCUAUAGAUCUGGGAACUAAUACAUUUGUGAAGAAUCUGCCAGUUGAAAUGUUUUCGAAAGAGAAGUGAUGUGAU